AGAGAAGAUCCGGAUCCAAUUGAAAGUUAGAUUAAAAAAAAGGUCAAAUUAGAAGGGGAAAAUAAGUGAUCGACGGAUACGAAGAGACUCUGACAGAGAUGAGCGAGAGAGAGGACGACUGAGCGUGAGCGAGAGAGAGAGGGAGUCAGAGAAACAAAGAGUGGGAGAGAGGCUCGCAGAGUGGUUUGGUGCCAAGUUGCACUCUUGCAGAUGAACAAGGACUUCCUUGCUGCUCUGUUGGGUUGACCAUCUGAAGUGAGAGGUUGGUGGUCUGAAAUGGCGGUAGAGUUAAAAUGACUACAGAUAGAAUUAUUGAGAUGGUUCGCUCGCGGGCUGAAAAGGUGUAAUGCUAACAAUUGAAAUUUCACUUGUAUACAUUUUUGCUUUCUAGGGUUUGUGGCAUGGUUCUCAUGGAGGGGAAUCUGGGUGCUCUGCAAUUGCUUAUGCCUCUGAUUGUUUGCCUUCUGCUCGGUGGAUGCGCUUCACAUAGGGUAUAUAAUGAGUCGAUUCAUAGGCAAUUGGUUGCUCCUGGAACUGAAGAAAGUAAAGCACCAUGCCCCAGUGGUUGGAUUCUUGGACCCAAUAAGCGGAAGUGCUUUGGUUAUAUGAGCAGCCACCAGCCUUGGAACGAGUCAGAAACCCAUUGUAAAAGUUAUAAUGGAAACUUAGCAGCAUUCAAAACAUCUCAAGAACUGGCCUUUGCUCAGAAUCUAUGUGCUGAAACCAUCAGUGGCACUGGCUGCUGGGUAGGGGGAAGAGGUGUCAACUCUACUAUUGGUCUUGGUUGGAAUUGGUCUGAUAAUACUUCAUAUUGGAAUGAGUCUCUCUUUCCUGGGGAACCCCUUCAAUCCAUUUGCAGUAACAUCUCUUGUCACACCAAUAGUUCUAUUGAUGUAUGUAUAUUGGUUACUAAUGGAUCCACAUCCCUCUUGGUUGAAAGAUGCAACAUGUCUCAUGCUUUUAUAUGCAUGGUUGAUUUAGGGAACAGAUGUUACCACAUGCAUUGCCACAGAGAAUAUCUCAUCAUCCUUGGAGUUGUAAGUGGGUUGAUUCUCUUCACAACAUUAGCUGUAGUGAUUUGGCUUCUUGCAUACAAGCGGAGCAAGAAGCGGAGACGUUCCCGCAGACUUUCCAAUCCAGCAGCUACUGCAUUAGUCCCUCCAUCAUGGAAAGUCUUCAUGAAAGAGGAACUGAGGUCAAUUACAAAGAACUUUAGUGAAGGAAACCGUCUUCUGGGAGAUGCCAAGACAGGAGGAACAUACAGUGGGCUUCUUCCUGAUGGUUCAAGGGUGGCAGUUAAGAGGUUGAAGAGAUCUAGUUUUCAAAGGAAAAAGGAGUUUUACUCGGAAAUUGGAAGAGUUGCAAAGCUUCACCAUCCAAAUUUGGUGGCUGUGAAAGGCUGCUGUUACGAUCAUGGUGAUCGCUACAUAGUUUAUGAGUUCAUCAUUAACGGGCCCUUAGAUAAAUGGCUGCACCACAUACCUAGGGGUGGUCGAAGCUUAGAUUGGGGAAUGAGAAUGAAAAUUGCAACAACUCUUGCACAAGGAAUUGCGUUCCUGCAUGACAAAGUUAAGCCACAUGUUGUGCAUCGUGAUAUCCGUGCCAGUAAUGUACUGCUUGAUGAAGAUUUUGGAGCACAUCUAAUGGGGGUUGGUCUCUCAAAGUUUGUGCCGUAUGAAGUGAUGCAUGAGAGGACAGUGAUGGCUGGUGGCACAUAUGGAUACCUGGCUCCAGAAUUUGUCUACAGAAAUGAGCUUACAACAAAGAGUGAUGUUUAUAGUUUUGGUGUGCUGCUGCUUGAAAUUGUGAGUGGGCGUAGACCUGCGCAGGCUGUUGAUCCAGUCGGUUGGCAGAGUAUUUUUGAGUGGGCAACGCCUCUGGUGCAGGCUCAUCGCUACCUAGAUCUCCUGGAUCCUCAUAUAACCCCUUCUUCUCCGGAUAUCCCGGAGGCUGGUGUGAUUCAAAAGGUGGUGGACCUUGUUUAUGCUUGUACGCAACAUGUGCCAUCAAUGCGCCCAAGGAUGUCUCAUGUUGUUCAUCAACUUCAACAGUUAGCCCAGGUUCCCAUUCUAAAAUAGUUUAAGCGAGUUUCGGGCUUAGUAUUUAUGUAUACAGUGCAAGUAAUGAGAAUUUGCAGCCUGUAAUGUUUAUUCUCUAGUUGUUUAGGGGCCAUAUGACCAACUAGGGUAAAGCUCGUAGCCAGAAUGUAGGGUUUAGGGUUUAGCACACUGAAGGCCAUAAGACCCUAGAGUCUAGCACUAAGUGGCAGAUGUAGUUGUCAGACUGACACGUGCAAUCCAGUCGGUAAUUUAAUCGAUAAUCUGUCUGUAUUGAAAUAAAACAAAUGGUAGGGGUAAUUUGGUCUGAAAUGGGCCCAGAGUCAAAAUUGCAAAGUUUUCUCAAUUAAUAUGUGCACUCCAUUUAUUUAUUGGAAUCCUUAUGUAUUUUUGUUA